CGUAAUUCGUCCCGGAUACUAAAAGCGAGGUGCCUUAAUUCCAUUAAAAUAUUCCUCCCCCACUCUCUCUCUCCCUCCCUCUGGUGACUCUGUCCCUGUCGCUGGCUCUCUCACCCUUCCCCCGAGAGAAAGAGAGAGAGAGAGGGGAGGAGGCGUACGCGAGCUGCUGCGCCUGUGGAGGAGGAGCCACGGCCACGGGGUUGCGCAUCUCCACGGCCACGGGGAGCUCGCGCGCGCUGCCAUUCCUGAGGCCUCGGCGGUUUCCCAGAUCGGCUGGUCCGGUGGUGUUUUUCUGCGGUUUUCUGUAGAAUUUGGGAGUCGUUUGCUGGGCGCGGGGGAUUGGAUUGGCGCUGGGAGGAGGUUGGGCUGUGUGGAUUUGAGGUGGUCAGCGCGGAGAUCCCGUCGGAGGCGGGAGUUUUGGGGCUCUCCGCGAGGUGAUCUCGGGCGCGCCGGCCGGCGAUGGCGUCGGUGGAGGUGCGGUCCGUGCGCAAGUCCGCGGCGCUGCGCCCGCGCGGGCCCACCAAGGUGCAGCCCGCGCGGUCCAUGUCGCUCGACUACAAGUACUCCGCCGCGCGUGCCGGCGUCGAAGCCGGCCCGGCGGCCAACGGCGUCGGGCGCCGGGCCGCUGCUGCGGCGGCGGACGAGGAAGGGGAGGCGGUGCCGCCCGAGAGAGACGCCGACUCUCCCUACAGCUCCAAGGCGACGACAACGGAGGAGGAGGAGAGUGCUGGGGGUGGCGGGGAGGUCGAUUCGGCGUCCUCUGCAGCCGCAACGCCGCGGAGGCCGUCGCCGACGGCGGCUGCUGGCCCCUCACCACGCGACACCAGAUGGGGUGACACCAGCUCCUACGGUGCUAAAAAGAAGCAUAGAGUUUUUUGUCAGCUUCCAAAUGGUGAUUGGGCCUUAUGCACCGUGAUUACUACCUCUGGUGACGAGUCUGUACUAAAGGUUCCUGAAGGAAAAGUUCUAAGAUUGAAAACGGAGAGCCUUCAACCUGCAAAUCCUGAAAUUCUUGAUGGAGUGGAUGAUCUUAUGCAGCUGAGUUAUCUAAGUGAGCCAUCUGUGCUGUACAACUUGCAGUACAGAUAUUCACAAGACAUGAUUUAUACUAAAGCAGGUCCAGUUUUGGUGGCCGUCAACCCUUUUAAGAAGGUUGCACUGUAUGGUAAUGAGUAUAUUAAAGCAUAUAGAAACAAAACAAUGGACAGUCCACAUGUGUAUGCAAUAGCAGAUUCAGCGCUUCGUGAAAUGAAAAGAGAUGAAGUUAACCAGUCCAUUAUUAUAAGUGGUGAGAGUGGAGCAGGAAAAACAGAAACUGCAAAGAUUGCCAUGCAGUAUCUGGCUUCACUUGGAGGUGGAAGUGGCAUAGAGUAUGAGAUCCUACAGACCAACCCAAUACUCGAGGCGUUUGGCAAUGCAAAGACAUUAAGAAAUGAUAAUUCAAGUCGCUUCGGAAAGCUCAUUGAAAUUCAUUUCAGUACGACUGGAAGAAUAUGUGGUGCCAUGAUUCAAACAUUUCUACUCGAGAAGUCAAGAGUUGUACAGUGUGCGGUCGGUGAGCGUUCCUACCAUAUAUUUUAUCAGCUAUGUGCUGGUGCUCCAACGACUCUCAGAGAGAAGUUGAAUUUGAAGAAGGUGGAUGAAUACAAAUAUCUGAAACAGAGUUGUUGCUAUUCAAUUGCUGGUGUGGAUGAUGCCGAAAUGUUUCAUGCUGUAACGGAAGCUAUGAACAUCGUCCAUAUCAGCAAGGAGGACCAAGAUAAUGUUUUUGCAAUGGUUUCAGCUGUGCUCUGGCUUGGAGAUGUCUCUUUCACAAUUAUUGAUAAUGAAAAUCAUGUUGAGAUCACUGUAGAAGAAGCUGCGGAAACGGUUUCACGACUUCUUGGCUGCAGUAUUGAAGAUCUCAAUUUAGUUUUGUCAAAGCGGCACAUGAAAGUUAAUAAUGAGAAUAUUGUCCAGAAGCUUACUCUUACACAGGCAACUGACACAAGGGAUGCUCUGGCCAAAGCUCUCUAUGCCAGUUUGUUCGAGUGGCUUGUAGAACAAAUUAACAAGUCCCUUUCAGUUGGCAAGCGUCGAACUGGGAGAUCAAUCAGUAUUCUUGACAUCUACGGCUUUGAAUCAUUUGAUAAAAACAGUUUUGAACAGUUCUGCAUUAAUUAUGCCAACGAGAGGCUACAACAACAUUUCAAUCGCCAUUUGUUUAAGCUUGAGCAAGAGGAAUAUGUUGAAGAUGGCAUUGACUGGGCUAAGGUUGAGUUUGAGGACAAUCAGGACUGUUUGAAUCUAUUUGAGAAGAAACCACUGGGGUUGUUGUCUCUGCUGGAUGAGGAAUCUACAUUCCCUAAUGCCACAGACCUUACUUUUGCAAACAAGCUCAAGCAACAUCUUGACACUAAUUCUUGCUUCAGAGGAGAAAGAGGCAAGGCUUUCACUGUCCGUCACUAUGCAGGAGAGGUGGCGUAUGACACAUCGGGUUUUCUGGAGAAGAACAGAGAUUUAUUGCACAUGGACUCAAUUCAGUUCCUUGCCAAAUGCAAAUUAUCUAUACCACAAACGUUUGCAUCUAAGAUGCUUGCUCAAUCUGAUAAUCUAGAAUCUGUACCAUACAGGCCUAGUGUUGCUGAUUCACAGAAGUUAAGUGUAGCAAUGAAGUUUAAGGGACAAUUGUUCCAACUUAUGCAAAGACUUGAAAGCACAACACCACACUUCAUACGUUGCAUUAAACCAAAUAAUUUGCAGCUCCCUGCCAUUUACGGACAAGAACUUGUGCUUCAGCAACUGAAAUGCUGCGGGGUUCUUGAAGUUGUGCGCAUUUCAAGAUCUGGGUACCCAACGAGAAUGACUCAUCAGAAGUUUGCUCGGCGGUAUGGUUUUCUUCUUCUUGAGGAUGUUGCGUCUCAAGAUCCACUUAGUGUUUCGGUUGCAAUUCUUCAUCAAUUCAACAUUUUGCCUGAGAUGUAUCAAGUUGGCUACACAAAGUUGUUCUUCCGAACUGGUCAGAUUGGCAACCUUGAGAAUACUCGGAAUCGUACUCUACAUGGUGUUUUAAGGGUUCAAAGCUGUUUCAGAGGGCAUCAAGCACGGCGCCAUGCAAGUGAACGAAUCAGAGGAGUUUUGGCUCUUCAAUCAUUCAUUCGUGCUGAGAAUGCAAGACAAAGUUAUUCAUCUCUGUCGAAGAAACAUAGGGCAGCCACUCUUGUGCAGAAAAAUCUAAAAGGCUGGCUUGCAAGAAGAUACUUCAUUAAGAUACGGAAGGCUUCAGUGGUUGUACAAUCUGGUAUCCGUGGUUGUCUUGUUAGAAGAUGCGCCGGCAAUGUUGAUCUACUGAACGUGUUAAGAGAAUUUGAAUCGAAAAAGGAGGCAGACGGCGACCAAAUCUUGAUCAAGGCGUCCUUCCUGGCCGAGCUGCAACGCCGAAUCCUAAGAGCGGAGGCUACAGUUCGAGAGAAGGAUGAGGAGAACGAGAUGCUACACCAGCGGCUCCAGCAAUACGAGAACCGAUGGUUAGAAUACGAGCAGAAAAUGAAGGCGAUGGAGGAGAUGUGGCAGAAGCAGAUGCGGUCGCUGCAGUCGAGCCUGUCGGUGGCGAAGAAGAGCCUGGCCCUGGACGAGACGCCUCGGAUGUCGGACUCGUCCGUGGAGCAGAGCUGGGAGAGCAACGGGAACCACGUGGGCGGGGGCUCCUCCCAGCAGCUGGCCGCGGCGCCGCGGAUCACCGGGCGCGAUAUGAACGCCAGCAUGAGCGUCAUCGGGCGGCUGGCGGAGGAGCUGGAGCAGCGGAGCCAGGUGUUCGCCGACGAUGCCAAGUUCCUGGUGGAGGUCAAGUCCGGGCAGGCGGACGCGAGCCUGAACCCGGACGUGGAGCUCCGCAGGCUGAAGCAGAACUUCGACUCGUGGAAGAAGGACUUCGGCUCCCGCAUCAGGGAGACCAAGGUGAUCCUGAACAAGCUCGCGAGCGGCGGCGGCGGCGGCAACGAGUCCUCCCCCAACUCGGCCAAGCGGAAGUGGUGGGGCAGGCUCAACACCUCCAAGUUCUCGUGAGUGUAUGGUGAUGGUGACGGUGUAGACGCGCCGGCAUUUUACACGCCGGCGCUAGUCCUAGAGAGGUUUGUGAGUGCUGCUGCGGAGUCCAGUGUUUUGGGCUGGAUGAGUAUGUAUGUGAUUCGUGGAGGGCGAGUUGUAUAGUUCUUCCACUGGGGGGCUGCUUCUUUUCUAGGCCACCCAUGAACCACUGAGUUGUGAUGUAAUUACUUGCUAAGAUAUACCACUACUUGAAGGGGAGAGAUUGGGGAUUGAUUGCUCA